CUUUGCACUCAAACAAAACAUGGGAGAAACCAAAAGUUCUUGGCUUGAUUAAGACAAGGUGCGCAACAACUUGCAUUACCUGUAGACACUUCUCAAUUCUAUACGGACGAACCAUAGAACCCGAGACUGGCUCAAAGUGAAGAAUAAUAUGAUCGGAAAAAAGAAUUUGUUGGUAGGCAAGACCAGCGUCUGUGUCCAUAUCACUUGAGACUCAAAGUUACUCCCCACGAACCUCAAUCCCCCAUCCCCUCCUCAAAAUCCACAAGAACAACCCUUCCCAAAUCCCCAGGAACUCGGGAUUGACCUGAAAAAUCAUGUCAAUCCACCAUUUUAGAACAUGGUUUCUCAUAAUUUUCCUGAUUUCAGCUGCCCUUUUCAAGCUUUCUCAAUCUGAUCCCGAUUCCCAUCUUUGUCGUAAGAAAAUUGUGAUGAGAGAGAAAGUCCGUCGUAUGUUUUAUCAUGCCUAUGACAAUUACAUGAAAUACGCGUUCCCGCAUGAUGAGCUUAAACCUCUCACGAAUUCAUUCACCGACUCACUCAGUGAGCUGGGAAAUUUAAAAUUAGAACACUUGCCGCAAAACUACCAGGGUUCUGCACUUACCCUUAUCGAAUCAUUGUCCAGUCUUCUGAUAUUAGGUAACAAUACAGAGUUUGAAAGGGCAGUGUCAUGGCUUUCUGAAAAUCUGACAUUUGAUGUGGAUGCAAGGGUGAAUCUGUUUGAGUGCAACAUAAGAGUUCUUGGGGGACUUGUUUCUGCUCAUAUGCUUGCAACUGAUUCUAGAAACAGGUUCUCUCAAGGAACUUACAAGAAUGAGCUGCUGAUACUAGCUGAAGACUUGGGGCGGCGCUUCUUACCUGCAUUUAGUACGCCAACGGGAUUACCAUAUGCAUGGAUCAAUCUUAAGUAUGGAGUAAUGGCGAAUGAGACAACGGAAACAAGCACAUCUGGUUCUGGCUCCCUGAUUCUGGAAAUGGGGGCAUUAUCAAGAUUGACGGGUGACCCACAGUAUGAAGCUGCAGCUUUGCGUGCUCUGAGUAAGUUAUGGAGUUUGAGGAGUUCGUUGAAUCUGAUGGGGACCACACUGGAUGUGGUAACUGGAAAGUGGAUAGAGUAUUCUUCUGGCAUUGGUGCUGGAGUUGACUCUUUUUAUGAGUAUUUAGUCAAAGCAUUCAUUCUCUUUGGAAAGGAGGAGUACUGGAGGAUGUUUCAGUCAGCUUAUGUUGCUGUCCAGAAAUAUUUCAGACAUGGUCCAUGGUAUCAUGAAGCUGAUAUGAGAACAGGGCAUGCAACUUACUGGCAACUUACAAGCCUUCAAGCAUUUUGGCCAGGACUACAGGUUCUUGUUGGAGAUAUUGCAGCAGCGAAUUCCUCACACCGUGAGUUUUUCAAGGUCUGGGAGAGAUUUGGUGUUUUUCCAGAAAGGUAUCUGCUUGAUCAUCAAAUGCUGCAUCCAACGGAAAAGUAUUAUCCACUACGUCCUGAAUUGGCAGAAUCUACUUUCUACCUAUAUCAAGCAACCAAAGAUCCAUGGUACCUGGAAGUGGGUGAGUCAAUUGCGGACUCCCUGAAUUUGCACACUAAAGUCAAAGGUGGCUUUGCAAGCGUUCGAGACGUCUCAACUAUGGUAUUGGAAGACCAUCAGCACAGUUUCUUCCUUUCCGAGACAUGCAAAUAUCUGUAUCUUCUUUACGAUGACUCAUUUUUAGUUGAUCGGAACUAUAUCUUCACAACUGAAGGUCAUCCUCUCCCUGUGCUUUCUGCUUGGCACGAUAAACUUCCAGAAGUCUAUACUUUGACAAAUUCUACUUUCAUCCAGAGAGAAAAUACGGUGAGACGUGCAAGUGCGAUGUCGCUGCAGGUAUGUCCUGCAAUCACCUUCAGCAGUAGCUUACAAGCCAACCAGAAAGUUGAAAGUGUAUGCCACAUUGCUGAUGCUCAUACCGACUAUAGAUGUUUGGCUGAUGAAGAUUGUGGAGUUGAUGCAACCACUUGUAGACGGAGAUCAUGCAGCAUUGCUGGAUACUGCGGGUUGUGGUUAAUCUUAUGACAUUCUACACAUUCACAUUUCUCUCUUCAACUAGUCCAGAAGGUAAAUUAAGUAAAGAGAUUUAUUAUUGUCAUUCAAAUGAAGGUAAAUUCUUGAAUGACCCGUCUCCCCCCAGUUUUUCCUACACAAAAAAAGUACGGAGUAUCCCGGUAUACAGAAUGCUAUUUUCGGAGCAUGAAGAAGCUGUGUUGUACAGUCUUGAUGUUACAGGUUAUGAGCUUUGGGUAUAAGACGAAGAGUCGGCUUCUAUUACAAGUUUUGUACCUUUGAUAAAUAAUACUCCUAAUGACUGAAAUCAUGUACAGAAACUAUGAUCAUUUAGUUUGCAAUGGUUAAACAUCCAUGGUGACGAUAAUGUUCAUCGAACAGUCACUUCUAUUUGCAGAAACUUAUGGAUGUAUACAUUUGUAGUAUUAACCUCUUUUGAGUUCAGAAAACACCAUUGAAAAAAAGAACUUAUUGUUGGUGGAUUUUAUUUA